AUUGAAAAUCAUCUUAUAACAACGCCUAGACUUCAGACCUGACAGGUGAGCGAGGUAAACAACCAGCCGUCGGCCACACCACCACUGAGAGAUGCAGAAGUAUGAGAAACUGGAGAAGAUCGGGGAAGGUACUUAUGGUACUGUGUUCAAGGCCAAGAAUAGAGAAACACAGGAAAUAGUUGCUCUCAAGCGGGUUCGUCUAGAUGAUGAUGAUGAAGGUGUACCUUCAUCAGCUCUCCGUGAGAUCUGUUUAUUAAAGGAGCUCAAGCAUAAGAACAUCGUGCGCCUCCAUGAUGUGCUUCACUCUGACAAGAAACUCACACUGGUGUUUGAACACUGUGAUCAGGAUCUCAAGAAAUAUUUUGACAGCCUCAACGGUGAGAUAGAUCCUGACAUCGUAAAAUCUUUUUUGUUUCAGCUGUUGCGAGGGUUAGAAUUUUGCCAUAGCAGAAAUGUACUUCACCGUGAUCUCAAGCCUCAGAAUCUACUCAUAAACAAGAAUGGUGAAUUAAAACUCGCAGAUUUUGGCUUGGCCCGGGCAUUUGGUAUUCCAGUAAGAUGUUACUCAGCAGAAGUGGUGACUCUGUGGUACCGCCCCCCUGACGUGCUCUUUGGUGCCAAGCUUUAUAACACCUCAAUUGAUAUGUGGUCUGCUGGCUGUAUAUUUGCUGAAUUGGCAAAUGCUGGACGGCCACUUUUCCCUGGGAGUGAUGUUGAUGACCAGGUAAAACGUAUAUUCAAACUUUUGGGAACACCUACUGAAGAAACAUGGCCAGGAAUGACCUCACUGCCUGACUACAAAACAUUCCCACUUUACCAACCCACUAUGACCUUAGCUCAAGUCUGUCCAAAGCUCAGCAGUAAGGGAAGAGAUUUAUUACAGCGACUACUGAUCUGCAACCCUGCUGUAAGAAUGAGUGCAGAAGAUGCAAUGACGCACUCAUACUUUGCCGAUCUCUCCCCGUCCAUCCGCAAUGUGUAGAAUAUGAUCAUCAGUUUGGCCCAUGAGCAUAUAUGAAUGAAUCUUCACCACCUAAAUGUCUGUGUCAAAGAAUGUGUCAUAUGUGUAUACAUUGUAUGGAAAGGGAAUAUACAUAUAUAGAUUUAUCACUUCUUAACUGUACUGACAAAACAAUUUUCUAGCAAUAUUAUUCUUCAGUGGGAGUAAAUUUGAGUAACAGGGACCUACCUGUUUUAUAUAAAUUACCAUGUGUAUCAGUACCUCUUAAUGUACAGUAGUUGUUUAUCAGUAUGGAUAUGAAGGGAAGCUCAUAAGCCAGUUAUUCAUGCUAUUCAUUGUCUUUGGUCUCAGCUUGUACAGUAUGACAUGCUUCUCUACCUGCUAUGAGGGAACAUUUAAAAAUUAAGGCAUCCUGUAAAUGUUUCAUCAGAAUCUUGGUGUCCAACACAACUACCAUAUUUUAUGGCAUAUAAGAUGCACUUUUUUGUCUGAAAAAUAGCUAAGAAAAUCAGCCUGUGUCAUAUAUGUGAAGUUGAGGUCUCCCGUAAGGCAGAGGCAUACUGGGCACUUUCCUCCAAACAUGUUUGGCAAACACGGUCCGGCCAACAAAACAAAGAGAUGUUUUGUUGGCGUGUCUGCCCAAUGCAAUGAAAACAACAACAAAGCAUCCAGAUGAGGAUCGCCAUGGACCCUGUUACUACAGUUGAGGCCUUACCGGAUUGUGCUAUAGUUCUUCAAUUGCUGAAGCAAGUGAGGCGUCUGCAAAGGCUAAAGAAAAGACAAUGGGUGCGUCGUGAGGUUUCUUUAAAAGUGGCGGUGGCUGGCUGGUCAAAGACCCUGACUAAUGAUUUAAUAAUACUAAAUAACUUUUAAAGUGACGAAUAAAUAGAAAAAUUUCGCCGUUUAUGUAUUAUAGUUUAAAUUAUUAUUGUUUCAUGAUUUAAUUCAAUUUUUACUUGAAAUUAUUUUAAGCUCACUCGAGCACUAAUCUGGCCAGCAAGGAGCCCUGCCAAACCAUUGUCCAUUUGUAGCAACAGCAAAAAUCCUGCUGCUUGCUGAGCCGUCAGGCCAACGGCCAGCAAAAUGGGCAAAAUAUUUAGGGGAGUGUCCAGUGUGCCGCCAUCUUAAGCUAAUGAAUCCCCCAGUUGCUGUCUCCAGUAGGCUAAAUUUUACCUAGCCCAACUCCAGAAUUAAAAAUGUGUUAUUGCUUACUUAAACACAUUAUUAUUAUUAAUUAAUUAAAAAAUAAUUAUUGUAAAUAUAAAAGCUCAAUUUAUAACUACUGUACUGAUGACAACCUGAGACGAUUAAUGUCCUUGCGGCAGACACCCAACUCUUAUGAGGUAGCUAAGUAGUAACCAAUUCUAAACUCUUACAAGCAUUACAAUCUAUUAAUUCCAUACAUGCAACAUUUAUUUUUAAAUCUACAAAUACCUGAUACAAAUGAAGAAUUACAGAUAACUUUCUUUUCACAUUUGCAUCUGUUAACAUUGCUGGUAGUAUUGUAGCCUGGUUAGACUCAUCAAUGAGGCUACUGGGCCAAGCUGUGAGGUAUUAAGGUUGUCUUUCAUCUCGUAUUUUCGGGUAGAUAUACGUAAAUUUUUUCAUUUAUUUUUACUCGGUUGCAUGCACACACCAUCCAACAUACAUACUAUGAAAAGGUAAAAGAAAUCGUUGCCCUUAGAGCAAACACAAAGGGAAUGUGCAUUUCUUUGCACACGAGUUAGCUGGCUGGCUCAGUGGGGGAGCAGGAGGCGAGACUGCCCCCCCCCCCCCACACACCAUUGUUAUGGUGAACCAGGGCGUAUAUGCAAAUGGUGACUAAACUAUCACAUCUCUCAUUGCCAUGUCUUCAGCUUGUGAAGUGAGGGUAAGGAGUGGCAUGCCUUGGUGAAGUGUUUAUACUGCAUGUUACCCUGCAAGAAAUGUGGUACUGUACAAUACAAUUGUUUUAGUUGUUCUGAUGAUUUUAUUUUUGGCAUAUUAUGCUGUUACUUAAUUUAGUGGUUUUUAUAUUCUAGUCAUUACAGUGCAAAGUGUAGGAAGUUUAAUGCAUCCUACAUUCAUUGGUACUAUAUAUUUGGAGGAGUAAAGUGAUCUUACUGGUUUAGGAGCUAACCUUACUUUGGGUACUUUAGAUUAUUUAUUAAAAAAUGAAAAUAAAUGUAUUCUACUAUAACAAAAUAAACUAUAUUCAUG